CGUGCUGGUGCCUCAGUCGCCACUUCCGUACACUACUAUGAGCAGGACGGGCAGCACAGACCGCUGUUAAUCAUCAACUUCUGGCCAUUUGAACCAAACGAGACAUCCUGCUUUCACAUCUCUGAGGACGACCCCAGAUAUGAGAUCCCAACCAUAUGCCGCAAUUGGAGAAAAUGUCAGAUUCAGACUCUGAUUCUGAUUUUGUUCAAUGGGACAAUUUCAGACACCGAGCGAUAGAGAGAAGUGAUGUAGUCUUCAGUCCAUUAGAGCGUGAUUUUGAUCGAUGGGACUUUUUACCUGCCGCUACCAAACAAGAAACUGGACAGCGGAUGAAAAUUUGUACCCUCUGGCUUCCCAUUCUUCUGCAGCGUGAAGAAUCCGGCUUUAAUGUUUCCUGGGCUAUACAUAUAGGCCUAAUUGAUGCUCUGGAAAGUGAAGAUAUAAGUUUGAAAUGCCUGCACAGGAUCGAAACAGUGGAAGCAAUUCUCAGAGCCUUGGAGAAAGGAAGUUUGAAAAGGAACCAAACAAAGCACAUUUUCUGGAUAAGCAACAUGUUUAACGUGAAUCAGAGUUCCCCAGAGGUUUUGGAGGAUGCGUUAAACUGGUUGGAGCGAACAGGAGAACCGGCUAUUCGCAGACGUGUCCUGGAUCUCGGCCACCCACGCACAUGCUACAUGGCCCUGCACCAUAUCUUCACUGAGUAUGCCAACUAUAUUCAGGCCAUGUGUACUAACCUUGAGAGGACAAUGAAGUCACUAAUGGCUCAACCGCCUGACCAGUUUGUUGAGAGAAGCGAAGCAAUGAAGCAGAAAGGAAACGAGAACUAUAAGAAAAGUCAGUAUGAAGAUGCUGUGCAGUUUUACUCCAAAGCCAUCAAAUAUUACCCCGAUAACCACAUCAUUUAUGGAAACAGAGCCCAAUGCUAUAUCCGGUGUAAGAAGUAUCUAAAGGCAGUUGGUGAUGGAAAACGUGCUACACUGAUAAAUCCACUCUGGGCAAAGGGUCACUACCGCUACUGUGACGCUUUGUUCUCAUUGGGAGAAUUCAAACGAGCUAUUGAAGCCAACAGCUCAGCCCAGAGUCUGUGUAAGGGUGACCAUGAAGGACUCAAAGACUUGGAACAACAACAACUCAAGUUCAUCCAAGCAAUAAAAGAACUCAAAGGUGGGCGUCCAAACAAGAACAAAAGACCGGACAGCACAAACGGGGCAGAAGCAGCUGUAAAAUGUACGAAGCUUGGAACGGCAAAAAGCGUAUCUGUACAGACCAAGGUCUCCGAGGUUAAAAUGGACAAACCACCAGGGAAAAAAACAGAGAUUGCACAGAAGAAGGUCGCUACUAAAGACCCUAAACCCACAAAAAGUGAGAUUUCUUCAAACAGUGGACAAACUAAUGUGGGGGUUAAAAUGGAGUCAAUCACUACAGCAAAGAAGAAAUCAAAGAGCAAAAGUAAUCCGCCUGCAGCUGAGAACCAGAAAGUGCCCGAUAGUAAAGCAGCUGUGUGUAAAGAGUUGAGGUCUUUGGUGCAGGAUGCCCACACCGCUCUGGCCGACCUCCGCAGCCGCAAUGCAGAACAGGCCUUCAGCCAGGCACUGGCCAUACUGGAAACUAACACACCUAAGGAACUUGGACUUUCCACAUUGGAUGUACUGUUGCUGCUGUAUGGCCGCACAUCUGCCCUGACAGAAAUCGGACAGCCUGAGGAACUCACAGAAGCACAAAAACUGAUGGAGAAGAUGAAGUCGUUUGAGGAGCGGACGUUUCAAUGUCUGGUUUUCUAUGCCACUGGGAGGGUGUAUCUCAAAGAGAACAGGUUUGCAGUUGCUCUGGAUCAGUUCUCAGAUUCUCUGCAGAUGGUGAAGAAUCAAAUAACUCCUGGUAUACUCACCUGGCCCCUAACUAAAGAGAUUGUCAAAGAGACACAAACAGACUAUUUCAAGGGAAUCCUGGAAAGAUUUAUAGAGAUGUGCAAAUUCCCUCCUAUUCCUGAUGCUGUAUGUCGACUUGAGCAAUGCCGAGGCUCUUUGAAAGCUGAAAUCUACCUGACUGACCCAGAUUUUAAGGGCUUCAUUCAGUUAUGUUGCUGUCAGAGCUGUACUGUUGAAUACCACAUCGCCUGUUGGAAGACACUAAAGACAUCAACCUUCUCUGAAAAGAAUGAAAAGGAUUUCUUGCAAGAAGAAUGUUUGACUCCAGACUGUUUCGGCCAAAUCUGUAGUAUCAAAAUCAUUGGACCGACGGGCCUGUUGAAAUGCAAGUUUGAAGCUACCAUCCUCAAACCACAGACUCCUAAGAAGCCAAAAGUGAACCCGAAAUGUACAAGUCUGAAGAAGUCAAAACCAAAGGUCGAGCACCGGCCCAAGAGGAAGCAGCUCGAGCUGUCGUUUCAAGAGAAACCGCCAAUCAGCAACGAGAUCCUGCAGCAGAACGACGACUCUGCAACUCAGAGUGAACAGAAAGCCUGGUUGCUGUACAGGGAUCGGGUUCUACUGCAGAUCAGCCAGAACAUGGAGUUGCUGAGAGAGGAGAAGAGCCUCCAGGGGUCAGCCCUGAUAAUCAGCCUGAAGCCCUGGCUGGAGCUGGACUCGAAGAGGAGGAACCAGCUCGCUGAGAGGAUGCUGAACUGGCAGCAGGAGCCUUUGGAGACGUUUUGUCGGGCUGUUGAGCUCCUGUUGGAGAGGAAGAAUCGGGUGUGGGCUCGUGUCCUGAUCGAAAUGCUCAGUAGCUCUCUGGAUGUAAAUCAAAAACUCAACAACUGGGCAUUUCAGCUCAACAAUGCAGGCCUGAACGCUGCCAGAUCCUUCAUCCAGUGCAACGCAGAACACUUGGAGCAGCUGGACCUCGCUCUUCUGCUCACCUUUGGCCCAUUACAGGAGAUGAUUUUAGCCAAGCUCGGUACAAGGCCCGAGCUUUUUUCAAGUAUUGGCUUGACUGUGACUGAAUACCUAAAACAGGCCUCACCACAGGACAUGAGACUCUUUAUCUGGACUCUGGAGGAGCACAGGGAGGAGUACCUGACCUGCCACACUAUACUGGAUGACUAUUUUGAUAUGGAUGGACAUUUUUCGGUCUUAAAAAAGUCUGAUGAAAAUCAAAAUAAUUCUCCUAUCAAGACUAAGGGUCGAGGUCGGAAAAAGAAACAGAGAGAGACAAAGGGUGUUAUUGUUUUGUCUGGCAUGAGAAGCGUAACUCCAAGAGAUGAGUGGGAGCAAGACUUAUUUGAAGACGACUCUUUAUCAUUCCUUCACCCGGCUGAUCCAUUUAGUGUACCCAGUCACCUCCGAGAGCAAGUGGCUGAUUUUGAGAACCAGUACAACGGCAUCCCACACAGAAGUCACUAUAAAAACAUUUUGGACAACAACCCUGACCCAACAAAAGAGAGUUUGUACGACUACUUUGCCCAGAUCUUGGAGGAGCACGGUCCGCUGAUGGCUGAGGACACCCUGCUGGUCGGUGAACUGAAAUAUUUCCCUCCCGUGGCUCAGCAAAAGAUCCAACAAGCGGGCAGCUUCGAGUCCUUCCUCCUGGAGUCUCUUCGCUUCAUAAAGAUGGGGAGAUGUAUCGGCCUGGCUAAGCAUGCUGUUAGCUUGCAGCAGGCAGGACAUGGAGCCAUCCUGGAUGACCUGGACAUCAUAGUGGAUCCUGACACAAACCAUGUAUCUACUGAUUUGCAUGAACCUGUUUUCCCAAGAUAUGGGGGCAAUUCUUCAUCUGCACAGACUCAAGUCCAUCCCAUCCUCCCAAAUCCUUAUACAUUUUCCUUCAAGUCAGCUUGUGAAGUUUUGCCGUAUGAGGACAGCUUCUACCGCUGGAGUAGCAGGGACAGUCAACAGCCAUCCCCCUACCUUUUCGACAGAAGUGAGUUGGAUCAUGUCAGUGAUUCUGAUGUUGGAGUUUUGGAUAUUGAUCCAUAUCUGGGUGAAGUUGCUUCUUGGACAAGUGUGGAAAACCUUUUGAGGAAACACCAAGCAGUUCAGACAUGUCCAGAGACCAUGAGCAGUGUCGCAGUGAAUACAGAGCUUCACAUGCGUUUUGAGAGCUGCGAGGGCGACAUCAACAAAAAGGAGAAGAGCAACAAGAGGUUGGAGCAGCAGAUCAAGGAAAUGGCAAAUGGCAGCGUCAACCAAAAGUACAAAGACGACAUCACCGCCCUUGAGGAAGACAUACGGAAGAUCACUGCCAAUAUACAAGUGACCAAUAGGGAGCUGACACUGUUCCAGCAGAGGCUGGAAGAGGAGGUGAGAAAGGACCAGAAAGAGAAGAAGGCCAACCAGGAAGUACUGAAGUCCCUCAAGCUGGAGACAGAAGAGUUGGUGGAGGAGCAGGGAAGUCUGUCCCGAAACAUCCGAGAAAAGAACACCUGCUAUGAGGCAAAGUUGAGAGAUUUCCUGGAGCUGGGCAAUCAGUCAGCAGCAGAGAAGUCGAGUCUGGAGGAUGAGAUCAAGCGCCGCAAAGCUUCGGUUACCUCGGCAACCAAGAGGUCUCACACAGCUCAGUUGUUGGCAGUGGAGAACAGCCGGGAGCAAGGUCUGUGCAGCCUCUACAAAGAGCGGGCAGACGCCAACGCUUUUCUCACCAAACUGGAUGAAGUAGCUCACAGAUUCCCAAACCACAACCUGGAAAUUAAUAGAAACACCUGGAGAUCCAAUGUCCAAGAAAUUGAAAAGAAAACCUCCAUUGCUGAGACCCAGUACCAGGAGCAGUUUGAUCAAGUGAAGAGCGGGAGACGAGUCAGUGAGUUAGUCCUAAGCAACAUAAACAACCCAUCUGAGACUCCAGCAAAACCACUCUCUGGAGCAGCCGGCUCCCCACCGCUCGUCCAGCAGCCCGCAGCUCCGGCAGCAGCUGAGGCUCCAGCCGCUCCGCCUCCAACGCAGCACAAACCUCCAACGAGGACACUGGAGCCUCCACACACCAUCUUUGACAAAACCAUCGAGGGCCUAUCCUCCAUUUUCCCUGACUACACAAGGGCCGAGUUGAUGAGGUUUGUUCAGGAGCUGCGUUCCUCCAGCGGUGGAAGCCUGAGCAACAUGGCGCUGCAGGAUUUGGUCGGCGGAGCGACUCAGCUGAUCCUGGACCAUCAGGAGCUUAAUUCAGUGAGAUCCAACAUCGUGGGACCUGGGAGACCAGCUCAGAGUGGCAUUCCCCCUUAUGUAGUCACAGCUCCCGUCUGGCAGCCGGUUGGAUUCCAGAGAUCCACAUAUUCUGAUGCAAUCAAUGUGGAGGAUCCCUGCAUCAUCUGUCACGAGGACAUGAGUCCAGACAGCAUGUGCGUGCUGGGCUGCAGACACAGCUUUCAUAAAGAUUGCAUUAAGUCGUGGCUGAAGGAGCAGAGCACAUGUCCGACCUGCAGGAACCACGCCCUGCUGCCUGAAGACUUCCCCGCGCUGCUGGGCCGGAGACGCCAAGCUCCGUAACAUCGAACCACUUCGUCACUUCCUGAAAGUCUGCUUUUAUGUUCAAGCUUUUAUUUGACUUUUUAUUCAUUCAAAUCUAAACAUGCCUUUUUAGAAGCUUUUUUAUAUAAUUAAAAAGCGGAUGUGUAGAGAAACACCAGUUUUUACUUUAGCGAAAUAAAACUGUCUCGUGUUCGAUCUGUUCUUUCUUGUUUGUUCAUCUCUGACAUUUCAAAUUUGAAAAUUAAGAUUUUCUUUUACGCUGCUCUCUUUUAGGAACAAAUCAUGGGAAGUGGUCAAAUGUCUUAAAGUUUUUUUAUCAUCGUCUCCAUGAAUGUGACGUUUAUUACGUUUGAAUAUAACUUUAAAUAAUCACUCUCCUGUUACAUUAUGAAAGAAACAAGUUCAGAUUUCCAAUAAAAAAUCUCCUGGGUCACAA